UCCAGUUCCUGGGUUAAGAGCUAAUUUGUAAUUAGAGGCCAAUGUCUAUGAUACUCGAGUGACCAUUAAAAGCUUUUUGUUACUGCUAUAUCAGAAAAAAAGUAUUUAUAUGUAAAAAGAGAGGCGGUAGGCUGGAGGGUGGAAAUAUGAAACAGUAAAUGGAGUCUGAUCAUCACCGAGAUAAUCUGUAUUUAAGAAGCUACAGCCAUUGUCUGCCCAUUAAAUUUUAUCACCCGUAUAGAAAACCUGCCGGAUUUAUUAAGAUGAUUUGAUAUUUCGCCACCGUUGAUGGAAAGGUUACUCUGGGCCAAGAGUGCAUCAAAUUUAAUAUCUUCAAAGUGGAAAAAAAUUAAAUUUAUCGCCUAAUGAAACUCAUAAUACUGGAGUUUCUUGGUAAGUUACUGUAUUUAACACAGCAGUAACUCCAAUGCAUUCAUCAGUUAUAUUGUUAAAUAUUUGUUGAUUCAAUUAAACUCGUGAGGGUGUUGGCCCCUCUCACUGGAGGCAAUCUUGAGGCUCUGUGUAGGACCUCCUAUUUCUAAGGCGAGGUCAAGUGCUGUGUUUCACUUGCACUGGAACCUUUUAUUACAUAUUGCUGAGGGUUGGGUUACAUAUUGAAUGUGUCAACCUGAGAAAUUCUUGGGUGUUUGUUUUUUUAUUAAAAGACAAGAGCAUGUGCAAAUAAAGUUUUGUUUAUGUUAUGAAUUUACAAUCUAAUUAAAUUGGGGAGUAGAAACACUCCAGGUAAUUAAAAAAAACAGUUAAAAUUCAUAUCAUUACAGAAUAUUCAUGGGAAAGAUUAAUAUAGAUAGAAAAGUUGUCAAUGCUUGAUACCGGCUGUUUUCCUCUGAUCAUUAUGUGUAUAUAUAGUCACAAUUAUUUAGACAAAAACUGGCAUUUAAUCAUGAUUUUAAGAUUACUGGUGAAGAGACAACUUACAGAUUUGUACUUAAUAACAUAUUAAAUGUUAACAAUAACUUUUUUCAAUUUCAAAAAACAUAAUUAAUAUGUUUAACUUUUUUCAAUAGAAGAUUAGCCAACUCUCUUUGUCUGUAACCCUUUGAACUUUGAGGUUAUUUAAAUACACUCAGUUUACUAUUAAAGAGACAGUUUACUCUUGAAGUAACUUGUAAUAGGUCAGUAUAGUUAAAACCUGGGAGAAUUUCUAGUUACACUUUAUGAUAUUAAACAUUAGCAGGGAAUGGAGCGUACUGAUUGGUUGAUUGUGUGGGCUUGGCUGAUCUCCUGAUACAGUGUAGGUGGAUAACAGAGAGAGCACGUUGGUGGAGUGAUAAAAGACGUCAAAGUACGGACAGGGGUGUUGGUGACAUGCGUGAGGGGGUGGCAGGAUGGGGAAGCCUGUGCCGCGCGUUCUGGUUCUGUUGUUCCUGCUCUCCGUACUGACCAUGGUGUUCAUCACAAAGUGGGGCCUGGUGAUGGACAACAUCUCAACCACCGUCCCCCAGCAAACUCGACACACUCGAGAGUUAUUCCAGGCGGCCAUCGAAGAAUCCGAGAAAAGGCACCAGACCAGGAUAGAAGAGUUGCAGAAAAAAAUUGAGGAACUACAGGAGCUCUUGAAUUCUCAGAGAGUACAACGAGAAAACCUUACAAACUCGUCAGAGAGUAAAGGCAGUGAAAUUCAGAAAUACCUCAAUGAUAAAGUUCAUGUUUCUGAAAUUUUACAUGGGGUGGAGAUGAAAAAUGAGUAUGAACUUACUGCAUUUAACAGAUUCACUCUGUACAAGGUGUACCCUGUUAAUCCUGGACUAGGAAAAAGAGUGGUGGAGAAACCAAUCGGGGCGAGGCGCAGAGACCUGAAUGAUGUCAUCACAUACAGUGUCAAUAUUCUCAAUGAACAAAGGAAAAAUGCAUCUAAGUAUUUCACUGUGAGUGAUUUCAUAGAAGGCAUUUACAGAACAGAACCAUCCUCAGGGACUCACUAUGAACUUUAUUUCAGAAAUCUCAAUGCAAAGGAAUCGGGGAGAUACUCCAAGGUGGUCAUCCUCAAACCUUUCGGUCCACUUAUACCUGCCAUCAACACGACAGUUAGGACUAAAGAGACCUGGAUAAAUAUCAUACUGCCAUUAAAAGGAAGAUUAGAUUCUUUUGAAGUAUUUAUGAGGAACUUUGCAGAUGUUUGUAUCAUGAUAGACAAACGAAUUUACUUAAGCAUUGUUUAUUUUGGUCAGGAAGGGUUGGAUGAGGUCAAAAAUAUAACAAAAACCAUCAUUCAUACACAUGGGUAUAGAUAUAUCAGGGUCAUUAAUGUGAAUGAGGAGUUUAACAGAGGGCGCGGCCUUCAGAUCGGGAUGGAGUAUUGGAAGGGCAAGGACACUUUAGUCUUCAUGUGUGAUGUGGACGUAAUAUUUAACUCAGAAUUCCUGGAGAGGUGUCGUCUCAAUGCUGAAAAACAGAAAAAAGUGUACUACCCAAUAUUGUUCAGUUUGUUUAAUCCCAAACUGGUAUAUUCCAUGGAAAAUAGGACCAUCCCAUCCAUCAAGAGGCAGCUAGUGAUUUCUAAGAAAACAGGAUUCUGGAGAGAUUUUGGAUACGGAAUGACAUGUCAGUACCUCUCAGACUUUAAAGCUGUGAAGGGGUUCAGGGAGGGAAUAGUUGGGUGGGGUGGGGAGGAUGUGUUUCUGUAUAAGAAGUACGUCCGUAGCAAUAUGACUGUGGUUCGGGCCACUGACCCAGGGAUCUUCCACCUGUGGCACGACAAGAAGUGCCCCAUCAAUCUGUCACCGGACCAGUACCGCGGCUGUAUACGCUCCAAAUCUCUCAGUGAGGCCUCACAUGCACAGCUGGGCAUUCUUGCCUUCAAAGACCAAAUAGACAUCCUAAAACUCCAAACAAAGAAAUAGUCUUAUUUAUGCAUAUGGUUUUUAUGUCAUUAAUAGGGCAUUUUUUGAUAAUCAAAAGCAGUUUUUACAAAAAAUUUUAAUUGGUCAGAAAUAUGAAAAGUAUUUAGGUCAUAACCUGCAUGCUUUUGUGAAAUCACAGAUAAUACAGGUAGAACCUAAACUGAAAAAUGUCAUUUUGGGUCAUUCAUGUUCUCUCUUUUUCAAAGCAUAAUUGACGGGGUUUUAUGAUUUUAAUUGGGUUUUAUGAAGCUACAUAUAAGGUGUAGCACAGCAUGUGUACAAGGAUUCAUGUUCUUUGUAUAUUUUGAGUACAACAUACAAAAGGCUUGGAAAAAGCUGAUUAUAAGAAUACCCCAGCAUCUUCACAAUAGGACUGCACUGGCUACAGUCAUGUAUUUUUGAAGUCUUAGGGCAGCUAUACUUUUGAAUGGCCUUGUUGUUUAACUUUUUGUCGUCUUUUUUAUUGAUUACUUGAUAUCAAACUUUCUAAGAACAAAUUCAGAUCCAUAUUCACAGUGUGUUCUUGGAGUACGUGUCGACAUAUCUGUAGUAUACCUCGUGGACAGCAAUCAAGAUUCAAUAGGUUGUACAUGUAUUUCUACAUGAAUUUGUGAUGUUUGCCAAACUUUCUAUAUGUGUGAUGUUUUUUACAAUUUAUUUGAUUGUUUUAACUGGACACUGCCAAAAUGCCAGCAUUAAUGCAGUGUGUAAUGAAUGUUUUGGUCUGUGUUUAUAUGUUUCUUGAAUUCCUGAAUGAUUUUUUUUUUUAAAUUUGUAAUAUUUAUUCAAUAUUAAAAUCAGCAAGGAAUCACUAAUAAUGUCAGAAACCCAAGGUCAGUCUGGAUACCAGUAUGGUUUCUACGACUGUGUUUGCUAUAUUUAUAUACUGGUCAUGAGUUACAAAGGUGAAACCUUUAAUGGAUACAUUUGAAUUUACAACUGUUAGUCUAAAUGGGUUUUUUUGGUUGCUGUUGGUAUUCUUAUACUUUUCACUGUUGUUGAACUAAAUUUGAUGUAUACAUGUCUUUUUACACUUUAGCUCUGUAUGUCAUUAUCUUUAUGUACUGAUUAUGUGUUCAGAAACAUUGAAAGCACGUACGAGUAUGUCUGGCAGCACGUUUUUUUCUGUGUGAAUAAUAUUGAAAAAUAAUUAAAAACGUACCUCUAAGUGUC